CUGUAUAUAGGACACAUAUUCCAAAGGCUUGUGCUUCUGCUUUUACCCUCACCACAUUGUCAUGGAAGAAAUACUUAUUUCUACCUUUUCUAACUGUUGUUAUUGACUUAUUGUUUUGACAGUAGAUAUUGAACUGUUGAAGAAUAGAGAGAUCAGCAUUAGUAAAAUUCAUAUACACUGAGUGUACAAAACUUUAGGAACAUCUGCACUUUCAAUUGCAGGUAAAUCCAGGUGAAAGUUAUGAUCCCUUAUUGAUGUCACCUGUUAAAUAAUAUCCACUUCAGCUUAAAUGAAGGGGAGGAGACAGUUUAAAGAAGGAUUUUUAAGCCUUGAGACAACUGACACAUGGAUUUUGUAUGUGUGCCAUUGAGGGUGAAUGGCCAAGACAAAAGAUUGUUGUGCUUUUGAACAGGGUAUUGUAGUUGGUGCCAGGCACACCAGUUUGAGUGUGACAUGAACUGCAUCUCUCCUGGGUUUUUCACGCUCAACACAUUCCUGUGUUUAUAAAAAAUUGCCCACCACCCAAAGGACAUCCAGCCAACUUGACACAACUGUGGGAAGCAUUGAAGUGAACAUGGGCCAGCAUCCCUGUUGGACACUUGACACCUUGUAGUCCAUGCCCCGAUGAAUUGAGGCUGUUCUGAGGGCAAAGAGGCAUGCAACUCAAUAUUAGGAAUGUGUUCCUAAUAUUUUGUACACUCAGUGUAAUUCCAAUGUGAGUGAACAGAACUAUUUCACACAAACACAAUAGAAUGGUUGUGUGCUUGUUUAUAUGAUCUGAUUUUAAGACUGCUCAAUGAUUUCUCCUGAUUUUGUGUUCCAUCAGUGAGGUCCAUUGCCCCUUCCCCAAUACACUGUGAACUUAUUUACUAUACUCAAAGUCUGAAGUAUCCUUUGCUGUUCUGGUUACAAAAUGGACCAACCACGCUCGUCAUCUCACUCCCCCCAUGCAGGCGCCACGCAGAGAAAGGCUUUUAAUUGGACUGAACCCUUCCAAAAGCCAGUAUCUCUGGAACAGCAUCCAGACUACGCAGAGUAUAUAUUUCACGCCAUGGAUCUCUGUACAUUGGAGAAGAAUACAAAAAAGAAAAUGUAUGGCUGCACUGAAGCUUUCUUGGCAGAUGUGAAAUGGAUUUUACACAACUGCAUAAUUUAUAAUGGAGGCAAUCAUAAGCUCACUGCCACAGCUAAAGUCAUAGUGAAAAUCUGUGAACAUGAGAUGAAUGAGAUUGAGGUCUGUCCGGAGUGCUAUCUGUCAGCUUGCCAAAAGAGAGACAACUGGUUCUGUGAGCCAUGCAGUAAUCCUCACCCUCUCGUGUGGGCCAAGCUGAAGGGGUUUCCAUUCUGGCCUGCCAAAGCACUGCGGGACAAAGACGGGCAGGUGGAUGCUCGUUUUUUCGGGCAGCACGACAGGGCGUGGGUCCCCUUAAACAACUGCUACCUCAUGUCCAGGGAGAUUCCCUUUUCUGUGAAGAAGACUAAGAGCAUCUUCAACAGUGCCAUGCAGGAGAUGGAGGUCUACGUGGAGAACAUGAGGAAGAAGUUUGGAGUGUUCAACUAUGCCCCCUUCCGGACACCCUACACCCCUGAUAACCAGUACCAAAUGCUGCUGGAUCCUGCCAACCCCUCGUCUGGCUCGGUCCGACCCGAGAAGCAGGAGAAGAUCAAGUUCAACUUUGACAUGACGGCAUCUCCCAAGAUGCCCUUGGCCAGGAGCAUGCUAUCUGACGGGGGCGGGGGCAUGGGUGGAGUUGGAGGGAGUACAGGCCGGAGGAUCUCCCUGACAGAUAUGCCCCGCUCGCCCAUGAGCACCAACUCCUCUGCUCACACAGGCUCUGAUGGAGAGCAGGAUACACCAGACAAGGGCCCGGUUAGAGCCCCAGUCAGCCACUACAGUGCUGGGGAGGAGUCCAUGGACUGCACAGCAUCACCUGCUUCCACUCGACCUGGUCCUGCCUCUGGUGCCAAUGACAGCCCUAAACCGUUCCACUCCCAGGGUCCUGCUCUAGUCCCCAAGCAGGAGAAAGCAACUCUCACAGGGAGCAUCCUUAACCUCAACCUGGACCGUAGCAAAGCCGAGAUGGACCUAAAGGAGUUGAGUGAGACUGUACAGCAGCAACAGCAGGGGACCCCACCAGUCCUCACCUCACCCAAGAGACAGAUCAGGAGCCGCUUCCAGCUCAACCUGGACAAAACCAUUGAGAGCUGCAAGGCCCAGCUGGGUAUAGAUGAGAUCUCUGAGGAUGUGUAUAAGGGAGUAGAACACAGCGACUCAGAAGACUCUGAUAAAUCAGAUUCGAGUGACAGUGACGCCAGCGACGAGGAACAGAAACCUAAGGCAGGCAAACACACAAAGGCCAAUGACAAGGGCGAGAAGGACCCUUCCAAGAGGGGAUCCAAAGACCCCCUACCCCCCAGCCUAAAUGAGGUCAAAACAAAGGGGCCAGCAACUGCCAUGGUAACCAUGGGGGAUGCGGGGGCAUCAUCUACCCUCUCUGAAUCCUCAUCUAAAGAGAAUCAGGGUGUACACUCGGACAAAGAGCCCCCAGAGGAAGCAAAAGCAGCCCCAGUGUCCCCGGCAUCCAGAGAGAAGCCCCAGGUGAAGCAGGAGGCUAGGCAGCCCUCUGUGAUGGAUGACUCCGACUCUGAGAGGGAGCUGGUGAUUGACCUGGGGGAGGACCAGGGGGGCAGAGACAGGAAGAAGAAUAGGAAAGAUUCACGCACCACCAAAAAUCCACCAGCCAAUAAGACAGAGGGUAAAGCCCUGUCAAGUUCACUUACUCCAUCUCAAAACAACACAGCCCAUUUCUUAACCCCCAGUAUGAAAGAUUCAUCACAUUCUCCACUAGCCAUUCCUCUAAACAUGGUGUCCUUCACUACUGCUUCUUCCACCACCAUCGCCCCCACCACACUCCCCAAUGCCACACUACCGAUGGCCCCCAUCACAUCCUCCUCUGCCACCACAGCAGUGAAGAAACAGCGCCCUCUGCUGCCCAGGGAGACUGUCCCGGUGGUGCAGCGGGCGGUGGUGUGGAACCCCACCAACAAGUUCCAGACUUCCUCCCAGAAGUGGCACAUGCAGAAGGUGCAGCGGCAGCAACAGAAUCAGCAACCAGAUACGCCUCAGCUGCAGGCAGCAUCACCAGGCCAGCCACAGACAAUGCCGCAAACGCCAGCAUCUGCAACAUCUUCAUCCUUGCCUCAGCAACCUUCCCAAAGCACGCGGUACCAGACCAGGCAAUCUGUCAAAGCUGUCCAGCAGAAAGACCCUCCACUCAGUACGUCCACGUCGUCUGUUACCCUGGUGACCAGUACCCCACCCUCUGUGGCCAUGAUAGCAGCCCCUGGAUUUGGUAGUGGCCCCUCCACCACAUCUUCCAUGGCAGGGGACUUCCAGAUCCCCACCGCAUCAGCAGACGUAGCAGCUGACAUUGCGAAGUACACUAAUAAAAUAAUGGAUACAAUCAAAGGGACUGUGACUGAGCUGUAUACAGACCUUUCCAAAAACACUUCAGGGAACACAUUAGCAGAGAUUAGACGAUUGAGAAUUGAAAUAGAAAAACUGCAGUGGCUUCAUCAACAGGAGCUGUCAGAAAUGAAGCACAAUCUAGAGUUAACCAUGGCGGAGAUGAGGCAAAGUCUGGAGCAGGAGAGGGAGCGACUGAUGGCGGAGGUGAAGAAGCAGAUGGAGGUGGAGAAACAACAGGCAGUAGACGAGACCAAGAAGAAGCAGUGGUGUGCCAACUGCAAGAAGGAGGCCAUAUUCUACUGCUGCUGGAACACCAGCUACUGUGACUAUCCCUGCCAGCAAGCCCACUGGCCAGAACACAUGAAGUCCUGCACACAAUCAGCGACAGCCUCACAGCAAGAGCCUGAAUCGGGGUCCACGGCAGACGGCCCAAACAAAGCCUCAGGACAGUCAAGUGGUCAAACCUCUCCCAGAGGAACGACAUCCGCCCCCACAGACAAAGACUCUAACGUGGAGAAAGGCAAGGACAAUGUCACUGUCAGCCUUUCCUAACACUGAGCCCUUGCCCCAACCAUUGAGUUAUUGCACUUGAACCUGUAACAUAAAACUAUCGACACUUUAUAUUUUCAAGCUGCUGCUCUGGAGUAAUCCAAAGGCUCUUUUUUUGUUAAUGACCGGAAUUUUAUCUUUUCCAAAAAUCUACAAUCAUCCUUAUUCAUCUCAAGUAUACUUACUGUAUUUCCAGGAGAUGAAUGUCCAAUGCCCUGUGGGACAAGUAACCACUAGAGGGCACCACCUGUUCUCACAAUCACUGUCAGCAACAGGCAGUACAUUACACUCCCUUUGCAAGCUCACAGAGAAGCAGCUUUAUGGCCAAAUUUGAGGAGUAGGUGUGUGAGUAAGAUGCAUAGAAAGUUUAUCUAUUAUUAUCUGUAAUAUUAAUAAACAUUUAUUGGGAGUGCAUGAUAAGUUUUGGUACUGGACAGUUUGGUCAAUGAUCACCCAGAUGCCUAAACUCAAUAUGAACGGACAAGAAUGGAACAUGGCUUCAGAUGAGUGUUAACACAAAUGUAUUGUUUUCUUUCUACAAUUGUGUAUGUUAAUUUAUUUAUACCAGAAUGUUGCCUACAGUUUAUUGCAGAGAUAAUGUUAAUAUACUGCCUGUUGAAUUAAGAUGUGGUUUAAAGAUAGGCUUUUCCAUUUCGGAAUGUUUUUCUUUCCUCCCUUGGGUCUCAUGUUCAUCAUAAUGCUGCCAUUUGUCCUAAAUUCAUAUUUCUGUGUUAUACGCAUGUUGUCACUGAGAAAUACACCAUAGUUAUGUCAAACACAGGCCUAGUUUGAGGUAACAGAAUACACCACUACAUUUAAGGCUGUUACAUUUUUCAAUGUGUCUGCCACAUAAUUGGUUGAAAAUUAUAAACUACAGCGAACAAGUCUGUCAGGUUUGAGCGCUCUACACCUUAUUCACUCAUCUGAGAGCAGGAAAUGUCAUUUGAUUUUCAAACUAUUUUCCUACUUCAAUCUACUGUAAUAGAAUCAUUCCUCCCUGUAUAGAGAAGUGACUAAAUCAACUCUGUUGUAUUUAAUGUCUUGUUUGUUUACAUUCUGUAAAUAAAUAAAGUAUGUUCUGAAA